AAUUCAUUUCUCUACCCAUCUCCAAACAGAGCUCAAGGAGAGAGAAAGAAUGGUGAGAGCUCCAUGCUGUGAGAAAAUGGGAUUGAAGAAAGGUCCUUGGACCCCUGAAGAGGAUCAGAUUCUUAUCAAUUACAUUCAACUCCACGGCCAUGGCAACUGGCGAGCUCUCCCCAAACAAGCUGGUCUAUUGAGGUGUGGAAAGAGUUGCAGACUACGAUGGACCAACUAUUUGAGGCCAGACAUUAAACGAGGGAAUUUCACCAGGGAAGAAGAGGAUACCAUUAUCAACUUACAUGAAAUGCUUGGUAAUAGAUGGUCGGCAAUUGCGGCGAGGUUACCGGGAAGAACGGACAACGAAAUUAAAAACGUAUGGCACACCCACUUGAAGAAGAGGCUCAAACACAGCCAUGGGUCCAAUGCCAAUAACCGACAACCUAUUGAUCCUUCCAAAGACAUCAAAAGAGAACAACAACCCGUGACAAUUUACAGUCAAGUUUCCCCACCACAAUCCAGCAGCGACGUUUCCACAAGCGAAAACAACAGCAACACCAACACCUCCACCACCAAAACUGAAACCAACGAAGACGUCUCUGAAAUCGAUGAAAACUUCUGGUCCGAAGUAUUAUCGGCUGAUAACUCAAGCAUGGAAGCCAAUUUCCGAGUGGUUGGUUCGGACCAAUAUUUCCCAAGCUCUCCGCCUCCUUCAUUACCAGCAUUGGAAACAGUGAAUGGCUAUGGUUCCAAUCUUUAUGAUACCGAUGCUAACAUGGAUUUUUGGUAUAUUCUUUUCACCAGAGCCGCGGACUUACCUGAACUACCUGAAUUUUGAGUUGCCUAUUUUUGUAAUUAGCUUUAGUGGUAACCUUUUAGUUUCUUUGAUUAUUCAGAUUGGACUAGAAUAAAAUGAAAAAAAGAAAAAUGUAUCCAUCUUGAUAUUGUCAAAA